UGUUUUUGCAUUGUGCGAGGGGCUUUUUAAAUGAACUUCCUGUCAACACAUUGAGAGAUGAUCCUUGUGAAAUGAAACUGUUAUUGAUUGUUUUCGUUUUAAUUGGACAUUACAAUGAGUCGGAAUGUGUACUAGAAAACAUUAAACAUUGGUUGUUUGGUGACCAUGUCCAACAUAUUGUUGACAGCUCGCUCAGCAAGAGCGGAGCUAAGUUCGAAGUUGUGUCAACUGACGAAAAGUUUCUCAAAUUCGCGAGUACACUUACUGACAUGUCACCACUAGAUGCCUGCUAUCACAUUGUUGUAUACAGUUUAAAGAAAAAAUGCGGAGACUUGAUCGAGGAGGAAUUAGGAAAGUUGGCUGUUCAGCUCUUGAAUUGUCAAUCUGAUGCAGAGGAAAGACCAACUUUUGUGUGUACACCAGAGAUGACAAUUGCAGAGUGUACAAAAAACAUGGAUGGCCCAACAUGGAAUGCCUACCAGAUUGUUGGUAACAGAGCGAGGGCCAUGUGUUACGCGACACAACAAAAUCAAUUCCGCAGAUUGACAGAGAUGGCUGUUCACGAUCUGGUGUCUGCUGCUGACGAUCAGCUAGAGUCAAUGAAGCAAAUUCUGAAAGGACAGGAGGUACUGCACUCUUUGACGUCAGAAACAGUCACAAAACUGUAUGACAGUCAGAUGGAACUGCUAGGAAAUCACCAGCAAUUGAAGCUAGCUCACGACACCAUCAUGACCAAUGUCGAGGAUAACAUGAAGAAUCUUCGCCAGGAGAAAUCCCUGAUAGCCACCGGAAAUCAACAGCUUGCAGAGAUGGUGGAGAACAUCAGACAGAAGCUAGAUAUAACUGCUGAAAAAAUGGCUUCUCAUGAGGAAAAACAACAAGAGAAUUAUAAGAAUAUUAUUCAGGAUUUGGGCCAAAUUCAUACAAAAGCACAAGAUGCUCUGAAAAAAUUAGAUGAGAGUUCUAAGCAAUUGCUACAGAACCACAAGGAAAUGACCAAAUUUUACCUGGAGAUGUACCAGAAUGUGAUCAAGAUCAACUCCUCUGUCACCAAGCUGAUGAGCACUGUGCAAACCAUGCAGAGGGACUUGGAGAAGAAAAUAAGCUGGUUCUCUCAUAUUCUGGGCAGCUCAGAGGACAAGUUGGCAGUAUUAAUGUCCUGGGGACAGCAUCUGAUGUUCUUCAUGUUUAUCAUCAUUAUGUCCGUAUAUCUACAAAUUCCACGUCUGUCUCGACUAGCCAUCAUUGCAGCCCUCGCAGCUAAUGCUGUUGCCGAGCUCAAGUUUGGACAAAGUCUUGGGUUUAGACAUGUCCUGGGUUUCAUUAUCACUGUAGUCACAGCAAAUGUAAUGUAUCACAUCUGGCGUCCAAAAUUUACAUCUAGAAGAGAGCCUUAUCUUGCCAUUGGGAAUUCCCCUAUCCCAGAAUCCAAUUCUACUACCUUGUCUGAUGAUGAAUUGCAGACAUUUCAGUACCUUUUGCAAAGAUUACAAAAUUCUGUUCCAGAUGGCCAAGACAGAAGAGAGGCAGGAGGUUGUACAAGCCAUGCUCAGGCAACCAGAGCCAGACCAGACUCCUCGACAAUGUUGGAUGAGGAGGACAACGUUAGGCGAUUCCUAGAUGAGAACUUUGAUACCACACUCAACAAUCGACCCGAGACUCCUCUCCCAUCUACCUCUGGAUUUGGAAGAUCUUUUUCAAGAUCAUCCACUCCGUCACGUUCCAGCACAGCGAGCAUGCGUUGUCACGGUCUCACUCGAGCAGGAACUCCAUGUCGACUGUCUACCAUGCCGGGGCAGGAUUUCUGUCACCGACACAAAUAACAACACAUGAUAAAACUCAGUCAGUGAGACAGAGGGGAGCAGUUGUCUUCCGUCAUCGAAAUGCAUUAUGAUUUUUAAAUUCAGAAAUGAGAAAUGGUAUACCAGUGAUCCGGUUAAGUCAUAUAUGCAGUUACUUUUAAGUGUUUGAUGUGCCAAAUUUUUUUUUGAUGGGUGUAAAUGUAGCACUAAUGUAUUAAAUUAUAAUUGUGAUGAUUUCAAAUGCAGAGCUUGCAUGAAGGUGUACAGUAAAACUCAAAUAUAGCGAACACGGAUAUAGCGAAAUUACGGCUAUAGCGAAGUGAAAACGAUUUCCCCUGCAAAUUCUAUAUAUAUUCUAUUAAUAUCAAAUUCUGCGUCUAUAACGAACACGGAUAUAGCGAAUUUACGGAUAUAACGAAGUAAAUUCCUAUUCCCCUUGAAUUAAAAAUGAACAUAAAAAUCACCUUUUAUAACGAAUUUAUUUUUUUUCAUUUUAAACUCUGUGAUUUUUAACAAUCGUUAAAGGAUCCACACUUAUUACAAAAUUUCUGUUUGUAUUUUUUCAAAAAAGGUUGUUAACGCAAAACAAUACUUACACAUAUGUUUAGGAAAUAUAUUGUCGGUAUUGUUUACUCGUUAAUUAAGUUUGAAGUUUGAUUGCAUUUAUUUUAUCGUACACUCCUUUAUUUUUGUAAAGCAACAAGUAAAUGACAAUUGCAAUAGACUGUACAUGUAUGUAUUGCGCAAAAUUUUGUUGACAUUUCUCUCUCUACAUGUUCUUGCAUAACUUAAUAAUCCAUCAAGAUAAAUUAUCAUACAUGUAUAUAAAUCAAUGUGUAAAUUUCUUGCAUAAAAAUAUUUCUUCUCGAAAAUAUAUAGGCUUCAUUUCUCUUAAAGACAAUACAAACACAAGUAUAUCGAUUGCUACUUUCUUAUAGAACUGAUAUACAUGUAGAACAAAUCAGUUUUAAAACGAAUUCGUUAUAUUUGAAUUAUGAAUUCGCUAUAAACGUAUAGCGAAUUUUUAUAGAGGGUCCCCAGAAAUUCGCUAUAUCAGAGUUUUUCUGUAUAUACUUUGUACAGUGAUAUUAGUCAAGCUUUGUUUCUGGGAGCCCAUUGUAAUCAGACUGCCAAAUACCCAACAGGGAUACAUGUAUGUAUUAUACAGAUAAACUUAGAGAUCUUGACCAAGUACAUGUACAGCGUAUAUAUUUAUACAGAAAAAUUUAGAGAUCUUGACAAGUACACUACAUAUACAGAUUUUAGAGAUCUCGACCACUUACAAUACAAUCUAUAUAUAGUACAGAUAAACUUGGAGAUCUUGUUUAUAUUCAGGACGCACAAUAGUAGUUGAUAUCUUGAUAGCCGAUGUCUUGGAGAUCUUCAUUAUAUACUGUAUCCGAUAGUACCAAGAUCAAAUUCAGUGUUGUGGAAUAGUUCUGUUUCGAGGGGGCCACUAAUUUAUUUGGGUUCUCUAUCCACAAUAUUAUAACCGUAACAAAAUACACAUUUGUCAAUUUACAUCAUGUCAGAAACCACUCCCAGGAAAUUACAUUAUCAUGAAGAAACUGACGAGAGUAAGGAUAAAGUAUUGGUAGUCCAUGCAAAUUGGAUCCCAUGAAAUAAAAUUUACACGUUAAGCAUUCCCCUCCCCUCCCCCUUUCCUUUCAUGUCAAUGUUAGUUUUAGACAAAUUGUAUGAAAUUCUAGUAGUGAAUGUUCCCCCAUCAUUUUUCAUAUCAAAACAGCAUUGAGUAUAGGGGCUUGAAAUUUUUCAUUGGGGGAUGGUAUAUAUUAAUAUUAAAGUUAAUUAAAGGGAAAGGCGACCCUAACCACAUAGUCGCUUUUAUGAAUAAAGUAUGGCUUACUGAUAUGGUAAUUGACAGUCUUUAACUACAAAAAUCCUAAUUGAUUAACAAUUAAAUCAAUAUUAAUCUAUCAUGUAUUUUAAAUUACCCGCCGCUAAGAGAGUGGCCAUCGGAGUUUAAUUUAUGACAUCACACCGUCUAUUCCGGUUUAUUUUAUCAGCAGCACUGUAAACAUGACAAGUCACGAACAGUUAAGUUUGGAGCCGUAGAUUUGAGCCCGUUCUUUCGCAAGAAGAAAUUGAGAAAGGAAGACGUUCAGCCAGGUCGCAGACGAUAAACGUUCUUGAUACAAAUGUCUUGAACCUCAACUUGUCAUUACGCAAAUGAUGGAUCCAGUUUAUGUAGUCUUUUCUUUUCAAAUGACUUGGUUGAGUUGGGAAUUUCGAAAAAACUUUAUUCACAUCUCCCCUUCAGAUUAGUGUAAAUAACUGCUUGCCAGGAAGACAUCAACCUAUUUAUUCAUAAAAUAUACGUCCACAUGCACAACUUUGAUGAUCUCACAGAUGCUUGGGUUCAGGACCACCCCCCCC